AUGUCUUCCCCGAAAUCCCGUGCUCAAUCUUCCUCUGUUCCAGGUCUUCCAGAUUACAUUACUAGGGCUGGGAAUGAUAAGCAUGCGAUAGAGGUUAGGAGCAAGCUCCAUCCUUUUGCCCAGAAAAACCUAGACGAAAAUGUCCUCCAUUUGUUCGAAAAUACCUUGGUGCUGGGGCCUCACUGGUUUGGUCCCGUUCCUCCCGAGAUGGCAGAGCUAAUGAAGAAGGAUGCUGAGGCCCCUCUAUGUUUGGAGAGUUCUUCUGCUAUGGCUUCUCAUUCUUGGGUUAGCAAGAACUUGAGCCGUUCGUUCCUAUCUAGUGAAGUGAGAAACAGUCCAGUCAAGUGGGCUGAUUGGAUUGACAGGCUUCUUCCCCGAUUUGGGGCUCACUGGAAACGGGCUGGAAUUUAUGACGCCAUACUCCUAUCUAGGCAAUCUAUCAACAGGGAUGAGAACCUGCUUGCUGCUGCUCUAUGUUUCUGGAAUUCUGCCAGUAACACUUUCGACUUUCGUAUAGGCCCCAUGGCUCCAACUCUGCUGGAUAUGGCUCAGAUUUUUGGUUUUAGGCCUUAUGGAAGACCUGUUGAUGCUGUUGGUGAUUAUCACAGGAAGAAAGACCAGCAUAAGCUAGCCAAGCCAUUCAACAUUUCUCCAGCCCUGAUCAACCAGAAUUGCUCAUUCUCCAAUUAUCUCAGAAAAUUUAGUGUUGAGAAGGACAAAGAUCAGCAGCAUAUGUUGUUUCUUCUGUAUUGGCUGAACAGGUUUAUUCUGCCAAAUCGUUCUUCUGCAGUUCUGCUUGAGUAUAGACAUCUGGCAGAAGCUUUGCAUAAUCACACUGAUGUUGGACUCGGGCCUACAGUUCUGGCUCAUCUAUUCAAGAACCUGCAUACUGCCACCCUAGAGUAUCUGCUAAAUCUGUCUGCUCCUGGUGCCUUCUGGAUGAUUCAGAUCUGGCUGCAGGUCUAUUUUCCUGAAUUGAGGUUUCCAGACAUAGUUCUGCCUAAGGAUCAGGUUCUGGCUCAACCAUUGUUGUCGGCAGAAGUCCCCAAGAGGUCAAUUGAUGAGUACCUGAUGAUCUUCAGGCAUUGUACCAAGAGGUCUGCAGCGCAGUGGCAAGUGGUGAUCAGGAGAACCUAUCCUUGGUUUCAACCUGGACAUCGUCUGUUUGAGAAGGAGCCAGAAGAAGAAUCUGCCAGAACUGAUUUCAGGAAGAAGUUCCUGAGUGUGACCUUACCCAGAGAUCUGCCUCACGGAGGAGGAAAGCCUCCAAAUUAUCAUUUGGGGGCGGAAGUCUACCAUCCCAACUUCUGUGCAAGGCAGCUUGGCUGCCCUCAGCUCAUACCCCUUAAGUCAUACAGAAGCUGCAAUCGGGGCUCUUCUUGGAGGGAUGCAGAUGACUUGGAGGUCCACAAAGAUGCCAAGUGUGCAGUGAAUAAGAUUAACAAUAGUGCAGAUGCCCUUUAUCCUUCAUGGGAACUGAACUCCUGCAGUUUUGCGGAGUUUGAUGCUUGGUGGAAGGCCAGAUUCCGUGAUCUGCCUGCUUCUAGUACCGCACUUCAGGUUCUUUUCAAGGGCUGGGACAAUUGGACUGUUCAUACAGACGAGGAGACUCACAAAUUCAUGGUGCAGACCAUUAAAGACAUCAAUAUGCAAGUUAUAGAAGAUCCCUCUUUGACAAAGAAUAUUGGUAGCCAACCUUCCCAGAGUGGAGAGGUGUUUGUUAAUUCUGUUAUUGCUGCUGGGGAUCUAGAGCUGCCCUCCGGGGAUGGAGAAGAGGAAGAAGAAGAAGAUCAGGUAGAACAGACUCCUGUUGAGGCCACUUCUCCUGUUAGAAGAAAAAGAAAAGAAACUGCCCAAUCUGUGACUCCAGCUGGAAGUCCUUCUCCUCCUCUUACUAAGUCAAAAAGACUUAGAAAGAAGAUUGUAGAAGAAUAUGUGGCCCCGGAGGGAACUCGGGCAGUUCCUACCACCACUUCUGGCACGGAUGAUGAUCUGAGAGAGGCUUUCGAAACUGUGGAGCAAGAAAAGAAGCUGGAAGAGCUAGAAGAAGUAGGAGAAGGGCCUCAAGAGAAGGCAAAGACAGUGGAAGAAGAGGAGGAAAUUCCUGCUGAGGCGGAGCAAUCAGGAUCAGAGCCUGGGAAGCAGGCAGAACAAGUGGUUCCUGCUCCUGAAACCGUAGUAGAAGUGGCUGCUGCCGUUCCUAGCUUUAUGGUAGAAAUACCAAAAGCUGCUGGGACCUUGGCGGUGAGGACCACCCCCUCGCAGCCUUCAAUUGUUGCUAUGCCUAUUCAUUCCCUUGCAGGUUCAUCUGCCACGGCCUCUUUUGCUGACCCGGAGCUGGCAGAAUUUGAAGCCAUGGACCUAGAUGCCCAGCUAGACAGGUUGGAAAAGCUUAGCUCCCCUGUAGGCAAGAUAAAGUCCAGGGCAGUGGAAGAAGCAAUGGAGAGACUGAAGAUCUGGCAGUCUACUGAGCUGGAGCUGGAUGAGGACAGGGAGACCUUUGACCAGCUGAUGAAGGAUCUGGAUUUGCUGCCCAGACAGAACAUGGCCCCAAAACCUAUACUUGAGAUGAGCCUUGGCUUGGCGAGGGAUGUGCUCAACCUUCACGACCGUUAUGAAGAUCUGAGGCCCACCUUCAAAACCUCUGAGUUCUGCAAGGCCACUCAUGAAGCCAACUUGGCUGACUUCGCAAAGCAGAAAGCAGAACUGGACCAGAUGGUUGUGGGAUAUAAAGAAGCCAAAGCUACUGCAGACAAAUUGGAGAAACAGAUUGCGGAGCUUCAAAAGCAGCUGGCAGAGCACCGGGAAGUGCAGCACAGGCUCGGGGCUGGAUUGAGCUCCAAGACUAAGGCCACCUUCCUUGUGCAGAACAUGGUCGCAGCUUCUAGGCCAGCCCUGGAGAUUGCAGAGGCUUCAAUUCAUCAGGGUGUGCUGCUACAAAAGGAACUUUCUAUCAAGAAGACCAAUCUGCAAGAGACUCUCAGAAAAUUAGGAUUUUGA